AUGUUUCCGCCAUCACAAGGCAUAAAUCUGGACAUUGAGGCCCUCAGUGGGAUUUGUGGAUCUGUAUCCAUUGCCUGCUGGGUGGUCGUCUUCUCGCCUCAGAUAGUCGAAAACUUCCGGCGUGGCUCGACUGAGGGUCUAUCACUCUUAUUCAUCAUCGUCUGGCUCGCCGGCGAUGUCUUUAACAUCCUUGGAGCAGUCUUGCAAGGCGUAUUACCUACAAUGAUCAUUCUUGCGGUGUAUUACACUCUAGCCGACAUUGUGCUAUUAGCACAAUGCUUCUACUACCGCGGCUGGCGUCUAGGUGGCGGUAGGCCUAGCUCUCCAUCUCCUCCGCCCUCGCUUUCAGAAGCCGCUCCCUCCACCGCUCCCACCAACGGUAUCAGCGGCCCCAGCGCAGGCACGCCAGACGAAACAUCUGCUCUCUUGUACGACAAUGCCCACCGCCGCACCUCCGGCCCAACCCCAUCCCAAUCUCAUUCGCGCACUCGCCGCCCCUCGCUCUCCCACCUCACAAACGUCGACGGCACGCACCUUUCUCCCGUUACCCCCCUCCUCGACCCGCCCAAGCCCACCGACCCCCCUGCCACACGCAACAUCCAACCCGCAUCGACGUUCCAAACCAUUGUCUCCAACACUUUCGUCAUCGUCAUGGUCUGCGCCGCCGGCGUGUUCGGAUGGUGGGUCAGCAACGCCCGGUCCCGCGGCCGCAACGACAUGCCCGACGACGACAGCAGCGUGUCCGACCCCAAUGACGCCCUGUCCUUUAGCAUUCUCGGCCAAGUAUUCGGCUACUUCUGCGCCGCUCUCUAUCUCGGCUCCCGCAUCCCCCAGAUCCUGCUCAAUUACCGCCGCAAAUCCACCGAGGGCGUCUCCAUGCUCUUCUUCCUCUUUGCGUGUAUUGGAAACCUGACCUAUGUUUUGAGCAUUUUUGCCUAUUCCCCGCGCUGCUACAAGUUUCAUAAAGCCACCGGACCCGCAGGCGUAGGUUCUAUUGGAGGUUCUAUUGGAGGUUUUGUUGGAGGCUCCGUCGGAGGCCAGGCCGGAGCCCAAGACACAACUGGACUGGGAGGACUAUCCAACCACCCUCUCACCGACCAAGGCUACUUCGCCCCCCGCCGCUGCCACGACGGCGAAGCAGCGGCCAUAUACGCGCGCUACAUGCUCGUCAAUCUAUCCUGGCUGCUCGGCAGCUUCGGCACGCUCGUGCUGGACAUGUGUAUCUUUGUGCAGUUUUUCAUGUAUCGCAAGCCCGACGACUCGGAUGACGAGUGGAGCGUCGGUGGAUCUUCAGAAGAAGAAGACUCCGAACGGGGACGAAGAGUAGCAGCGAGUGGAUGA